AUGAGUGGGCCUUUGGAUCAAUCACUGAUAGCGAAUUCGCAUGGUGUGACACAAGCUGGAGUUACACCUAAUGCUGGCUUGUUUCCUGCUGCCUUGUCGCUGGUAGACUUCUCAGCGGACCGUCAGCGGCGCCGGCGUCCCUGCAUGAACCAGGAGGGCCGGUACCAGUGCUCUUUUUGUCAUUACCGCACCGACUACCAGACCAACUUGAUAGCCCACCGACGUACGCACACAGGGGAGAGGCCAUUCCGCUGCAACUUCUGUGCCAAGGGGUUCGCCCAGAAGAGCAACCUGAAAUCUCACAUGAAGAGGCACAUGACUGAUGCUGUUGCCCGGUGA